GAUUACUGAGUGGUCUUCCCCCGGACUUUCCCAGCUCUAAAUCCCAGCCGUUAGUUAGCAGCAGACAAACUCGCUUUAAGCACGGGUCCCGAUCCUCUGUGGCCGACUUCCCGCACACCAUCGCUAUUCGAGUUGUACAUUACUAACUAAUAAUAAGUGAGAUCGCACAUAGAUUUGCGAGGUACAACCUGCGGGCGACGGCUGCACGGUAUAAGGCGAAAUCGGGCUGUAGAGGAUCGGGAAAGGAGCAGUCUUUACAGCCUGCACACCACUGUUUUUAUAAAUUUCACCCACAGGGAUCGGAAAGUCUAGAGAGAGAAAGCGCGUCUUUUUUAGAGAGAGAGGGCUUGGAUUUCCACAGUCUCCUGUGGCUGAUCUGAUAUCCCAGAGGGGUUUCUUUCCCCACUGGUGCUUUUGAUGCAAUAUUGUUUUCGUCAUCAAAAGUGCAGAUCAAAUGCCAUCAUUAAAAAUGAAAACCAAGUCAACCACAGGCUGUUUCAAAGAAAAAAAGGGUCUGCAAGUAUGCCGAAGAUCGAGUAUGAUAUCCAAGAAUCCUCUCUCUCAUGCUAUAGUGUCUCAGAAUGUGGAAAAAAUCUGUGCUCACUGCAAUCAGGAUGCUCCAGUUUAUGGCCAAAUAUAUGCCCAGGACCUCGAAGUGGGUGAGGCCAUCCAUGAGUUAUCAACUGAAGAAAAACUUCUUCAGGAGCAGCCAAUAAGGGUGAUUGAGUCUGCUAAUGAGAAUAUGGAACCUAUCUUACCGACCUGUACAUCAAACAUCGAGACAAUUUUCUCUCCCAUUCUGGAGUCAAUCUGCAAUAAUGAUGGAAGUGAUAGUCUCUAUGUACCACUGCUGGAUAGCGAAGACAGUGAUGACAGCAGCAAAAAUUCUUGUAAAUAUCAAACAAGCAAUGUCUCGGAUUUCUACAUAUCUGACAUGAUUUUCUCUGCAUCGCCAAUCGGAGGCAAUUCUGAUUAUUGCAGCAGCAGAACAGAUUCGAUUUUUCUUCCUGAUUAUCCAUUCGAUGAGUCCAGCUUACUUUGUGAUCUGACCGAGGAGUAUAUGGUGUUGCCCUUUUUGGAGGAUACUUUAGAUAAUACUGGACUUGAUAAUGGUGUCACAUGUUCAACAAAAACCAAUAGUUCCAGCUUUUAUAUGGCAAUUCAUCAAUUAAGAUCAUGCGACCCAGAUUAUCAAGUGAAUUCCUGCUCUUACCAAGAUCACGAGUCUCUUGAUCCACAAUUGUAUAUCAGAAAUCUUCCGGAGAUGGAAUUUCCAGUUCCAGUGCCGAAUAAUAAGGAAAGUAACAAACAGAUAACUUUAGUGCUCGACUUAGAUGAAACACUCGUUCACUCUACAUUGGAGCACUGUGAUGAUGCGGACUUCACAUUUCUUGUUACCCUCGACACAAAAGAAUGUACAGUGUAUGUGAAACAAAGGCCUCAUCUAAUGACUUUCCUCCAAAGAGUGGCUGAAAUGUUCGAAAUCGUAGUGUUCACUGCUAGCCAGAGCAUUUACGCGAAACAGCUUCUCGACAUUCUUGACCCGGACGGAAAGGUUAUAUCGAGACGGGCUUAUCGUGAAUCGUGCACUGUUUCGGAGGGAACUUACGUGAAAGACUUGACCAUAUUAGGCGUUGAUCUUGCAAAAGUUGCCAUAAUUGAUAAUUCCCCCCAGGUUUUCAGGUUGCAAGUGAAUAAUGGAAUCCCGAUCAAGAGUUGGUUUAAUGACCCAUCUGACACUGCACUUAUUUCACUACUGCCAUUUUUGGAGACCUUAGUUGAUACUGAUGACGUUCGGCCCAUCAUUGCAAGGAAAUUCGGUAACAAGGAAUAAGAGCUCCUUGUCUAUCCAUUUUGGUUAUCUUUAUUUGCUCCUUGUUUGUUGCGUUUUAGACUCGGUUAUUUUUCUCCCUCUCUGAGCCAAAAUAGCUAAUGACAUUUCAUGCAAUAUUCUGAAUCAACGUUACCUUCAUUACUGUCAUUAUCAUCCAACCCUUUCGAGGGUCUUGUUAAGAGUUUCCUCAGGCUAGUUUGUGACAGAAAUUGGUCUCUGGGAGGUUCAUUUUGUUUUCUAUGUACAGUUUUAAAUGCUUUAGUUUUUUUUAUGAGUGUGUAUAUAUGAAUUGAUUUGUGGCAUUAGUUCUUGAUUCUAAUAUUGAAUGAAUUUUAACUUAUAUACACAUUAGGGUAUGCUAGUAGUAGCUGGAUGUUCAUAACUUGCCAAAUUUUCUAUCCUUUUAUCUGUCGGUGGUGAAAUUUAUAGUUUUGAUGUUUGUAAGUAAAUUUAGAGGGAGGGAAGGAGAAUAACUUACCCUUUUAUUGUGUGCUGUUAUGACAGUUUUGAGUGCCCACUGAUGAUCAUUUGUUGAAGACUUGUGUUUUAGCAGGAAAAUUUAAUUAUUUUGGGUGUGUUUUCUAUAUUACACAAAUAUUAUUUUCUUCAUUUUAACCUUUUGUCUUGUCAAUUUCUUACAGAUAGCAGAAAAAAGUGGUAUAUAUACUAACUCUUGAGAUCUUAUAGUGAAAUUGGAGUGUAAGCUUUGUUUAGUACCAGCACAAUCGUAUUUUGAUCUUAGCUACCUUGUGAGAUUUUUCAUACCAUGGAAUUAUGUAUAUAAAUUUUAAUAGAACCCUCUUUUUUG